CUCCUACUAGAGUACAAAGCACAAGUAAGCGAACGUGCAUGUGAGCAUUGAGGCUGAGCAGUCACCAACAAGAAAAAACAUCCCGAUUCCUCCAUCAACAUCUUCGCCUUUUCUUUCUCAACCUCACCAUUCCACCCUUCAUACAUUAUUCACGAGCGGCUUUCUUCGACCCAUCCGUGGCACGUCCCAUUACUUGUAGAUCGCCAGGCCGAUCAUCGAAUCCGUCGCCAUCGUCUGCCUAGCCCGGGCCAUCCCUGGUAGACCCGACUGACAUCAUGGUCAUCUUCGGCGGACUCGAAUUUGUAGUGGGAGGUUAUCUAGUCCAUCGACAUUAUAAGAACAAAAACGAACAGAAGAAAAGAUCUCAAGUGCAAUACGGCCAGCAACAUCGACAGAACACAUAUCCCGGGGCGAUACAACAAGCGCAGCCACCACAGCAACAGGCAAUUCCUCCUCAGCAAUUAAAAUAUGCCUGUCAUGGUGUGCAGCAGCAACCUCAAGUUCGGCCUGUCCCCCAGCAAAGGCCAUAUACAACUCAGGCGCUUCCAAUACAGUCGAGACCAUACCCUCAACACCCUUCGAAUGCAGCUCAGUUCCAGCCACAAAUACAGCCAUUAAGUCGCGCCGAUUCAUUCGCAACCAUAUCUCAUAUGCCGGUUGCGAACGGCUUAACGCAACCUGAAUUUAUACCUCCUCUACCGACUCGACCCCAACAUCUAAAUUCAACACACCGCCACGGCCAUGCAAACAUGCCGCAACAGCAGCAUCCGGUAUAUAACAACGCACAUUUCAGCGCGUCAACUCCUGCCUUCUAUCACCCUUCGAACGAUGGGAUCCAACGUCAAGAACCCCGUCCAGGCAGAGCAACGGUGGACGAUGCUUCAGAAGCUUUCGGGUCUUCUUCGUCUACACAUUACUCCGAAUCUACUUUCCUUGGUGAACGGGACGAUCCCCCACCACCUUAUCGACCGUGACCCGACGAUAAGACGACUCUUCUAAACCAGUUUUGAUGCAGGCAUCCAAGCACUUUCGCUUCGACACCGUGACGGUUUUUGUCCAUGGUUUUUUCUUUACUAAUACCUUUUUCCUCAGCUUUCCACUGAUUCGGCAAGGCUCGAACGAUUAUCACAACGGAUACCCUUGCUUGUCUUUUGCACAGACGAUAACACACAUUUCUAGUAAUUGUUAUAACUAUUAAAUUUCAAUUGUCACUUGUGUCGAUUUCCAGAAUUGUACUUAUCCUUGACACUCAAUAUAAUCUGAUCUUCCA